ACAGAAUAUAUUUGUACGUCGUUCGGGCCGCAACUCGCUUUUUUAUUAUUUUCUAAAUUAAUUGUAUUGUACAUGUAGAAAUGGACAGAACAGUGUUGGUUCAGUAAUCAAAUUAACAUCGUAGCGCCGCCUUAAACUUAAUUCAAGAUAAUGUUGUUACCGUAAUAGUAGGAGACACCCCGAGUUGUAUUCUCAAUCAGCGUUUUUAUUGACGUUUCAUUCAUUACUUUUCGUCCCGAGGAUGGUGGGUAUAGCAAAUAAAUAGACUGAUCUUUACACUUGUAAAAGUAAAUUGCUGUGUAAAUACUAACGAAGUAAACGUGGUAAGACGCUUGGUGUUUAAAAGUGGUGUGUGUUGAUAGUGAUAGUGAGCAUACCUACUUUGGAUUGAUGUGGCACACUGGAUCAGCAGGCACCGGCAGAGGAAGUGGAUAUGUGAUCAGCUCUUAAGAUGGGUGAGCGGGGAGCGGGGGCAGGGGGUCGCCGGGCGUCGGGUGUCGAGCGCGGCCGGGCCUACCGCCCGUACCCACUAGUCCGAUCGGAUUGAAGCGGGCGUCGAGCAUGGAGGAGUGCAAGAAGCGAACUCAUCCAGGCAAUAAAGUUUCGAAAAUAGCUAACCUAUUCACCGCCAUGCCGUCCCGCGACGAGGAGGACGCGCGCGGCGCGGACGUGACGGUGGUGCGCACGGAGAGCCACCUGUCGCGCUUCAACACGGCGCGCGCGCUGUUCGAGAAGCUGGGCGAGGAGAACCGCUCCUUCCGCAUCGAGAAGUCCCCUUCCGCGGCCGCCAGCUUCGCGGGCACGCGCGGGCCGCACGCCGCGCGCUCGCGCUCCAGCUCCGCCGGCUCCGUGAGCCCGCCGCGUCGCAUCGCCACGCCGCCCGCCGUGGCCGCCGCCGUAGCCGCCGCCGCCGCCGCCGCGCUCAACGGCGACCGGCCCAACGGCGCCGCGCACCCGCCGCCCAAGCCCGCCAAGCCGAGCGUGCUGCCCAAGCCGGAGAAACCCGACCGACGAUUCAACAAGGAAUUGAUCGAAAAGCAAAGGAAUUGGACCGCUCACUUUAACAAGCCACGCCAGACUCGCAACGAAUAUGAGGCUAAGAUUGAAUCCAAAUACCCGAGCGGCUACCCCGAGCGCAAGUCGCCGGAAGCGGGCGAGAGGCCCCCGGCGUCCCGCGUGUACUCGCCGCCGCUGUCGCCCAGCGCCGGGGACUCGCAGCUGGAGCGCCCCUCCAACCUUCCCUCCUUUCAUACUCGAAGUGCAAAAUCUCCUAGUCCUAUUAAAGCCGUCACACCUCCUUCCAGAUCUAGCUCCUUAAUUUCCCCCUCCGUGAAGACAGAGAAAUCAGUUUCGCCCGUGAAAAGUGUGGAAAGUGUACGAUCGCCCACCAAUUGCGUGUCGGAAGUGAUACCUCAACAAAUUAGUGUUACGGAUAAACAUUACCCCACCACAAGUGCGCGGUCCUCAGUGUCGCCGCGCAGGGAAACUGUAGAGGCUAUAAACGAUUACGUUCAGAGGGAGAGUGUGGUGGCGCCGCCGCGCAGCAGGUCGGCGGAGGCCGUAGCUGCGGCGCCGCGCGGGCUGCCCCCGCCCCCCGCGCCCCCGAUUGACGUGCCGCGACCCUCCGUCACCUCCAGCGGCUCCGAGCGCUCCCUGGCCUCCCCGCCGCCCGGGGACGCCCCGCGCUCGUCGAGCCCCGUCGCGCCGCCGAUACCUCACGCUAGAUCUCAAAGUGUUUCCUCCAUCAAGAGCCCCGCGUCGCCCAGCGUGCGGUCGCCUCGGUCUCCGCCGCCAGUUAGUCAGGGUGAAGCGGAGAAGGAGCGAGCUGGUUCGGAGAGCCCGGAGGCGGAGGUGUCCCACCGGUCGGACGAGGUGGACAGCGACGAGUGGGAGGACCGGCGGCGCUCGUCCACGCCGCAGUCGCCGGCGCCGGAGCCGCGCGGGCCUGCCUCGCCCGUCGCAUCACCCGUGCCGCGCGGGCCCGCCUCGCCCCUACCGUCACCAGUGCCACGCGGGCCCGCCUCGCCUCUCCCCUCGCCGGCACCGCGCUCGCCUGCCUCGCCGCUCGCCUCGCCGCUCGCCUCGCCCGAGCCGCGCGCGCUCUCCGCCGAGCCCGCCCCUGACGCUUCCAUUUCCCCAGUGGGUGGAGGCAAGUCCCCGGAGGCGGACCGCGGCUCCCGCGCGUCCAGCGUGUCGGACGAGGAGGGCGGGUUCAACGAACCCUCGCCCGAGGUCGUGGCCUGUUUGCGGCCGGCCGAGUACCGGGAGGAGCCGACACCGCUGUCGCAGGACCAUAGGGAUAAUGAGCGGGCUAGGUCCGACCCUGAUACGCUCUCUGUGUUGCAGCAGGACUCCGGCGUGGUCGUGAGCGAGGCUAGCCAGGGCUCCAUCGAGGUGCUCGACAAGUCGACCACCAGCCAAUGGAGCUGCUCGGAGGGCGAGGCCCGAGACGCCGCGGACGCGCGCUGGGACGAGCCCGACGCCGCCAAGCAGCCCGACAGCAUGACGCCGGAUGAGGCCGAGAUACUGCUGAGCUCUAGUAUACUGGAGAAAAAACUUAGACAAGAGGCACUCCUCUCGGACGAGCAAGCUCAGGAGAUAGUGGCGCUGCUGUCGCCGCACCCGCCCAUAGACAACGGCGUGUCGCUCAACGACAGCUACCAGUCCGUGCUGGAGUACGAGAGCAUGCAGUCAGUGGACGAGAGCUAUGAGUACGUAUCUCUAGACGCGGAUACGAACGGCAUGGCCGCCGGCGACCGCCCCUCGCCGCCCGCCAUCGUCACAGCCACCAACCAACAGGAGCCGGCGCCCGCGCCCGCGUCCCCCGCCGAGCCGGAGUCCAUAUUCACGAUGUACCCGCCGCAGUCCCUGCGCGAGCUGGGGGAGGAGAACGGCAUACACUACUUCGAGGACGGACACUUUUAUACAGAGGUGGCCGGUCUGCCGCCGCCCGAAGAAGAUGACGACGACGAUUACUACCCACCUGUGUUUGUCAAGAAGAACUCUAAAGUCAAAUUCAGCACAAACCCAAUGCGAGUAUUCUCCACGCACUCGGUCCGCGAGUACGACCGGCGCAACUCGGACGUGGACCCGGUGGCCGCGUCCGCCGAGUACGAGCUGGAGAAGCGCGUCGAGAAGAUGCAGGUGUUCCCCGUGCACCUGCUCAAGGGGCCCGACGGACUGGGGCUCUCCAUUAUAGGUAUGGGCGUAGGCGCGGAUGCGGGGCUAGAGAAGCUCGGCAUAUUCGUGAAGACGAUCACGGACAGCGGCGCGGCGGCGCGCGACGGCCGCAUCCACGUCAACGACCAGAUCAUCGAGGUGGACGGGAAGAGCUUGGUGGGUGUAACGCAAGCGUACGCCGCGUCAGUGCUCCGCAACACGUCCGGCCCGGUCAAGUUCCUGAUUGGUCGAGAGAAGGACCCCGAGAACAGCGAAGUGGCUCACCUCAUCAGACAAUCGCUAGCCGCUGAUAAGGAAAGAGAAGAGAGAGCGAACCGUCAGCGUCGACAACAACCAGAGGAUGACGACACUGGGGGCGCAGAGAUGGCCGCCAGUCUGCAGGCGAGGCACCCCGAGAUCAACGAGCUCAAGGCCUUCUUGCAGGAACUAAUAGGCAUGGAGGCGGGCGGCGCGGACUCCACAGAAAUAGGCGCGCGGGUGAAGGAGUGGUGCGGGGGGCGCGCGGGGGGCGAGGAGCUGCGCGGGGCCGUGGCCGCCGCCGCCGCGCACGCGCACCAGGCCACCGCCAAGUACGACAAGGCAAAGCGCGCGCUACGCGAAUGGCGCCGCACCCGCGCCAUGGUGCGAGCGAGAGAGGAGUGGUGGAGCGCGACCGUGAGGGACGCGCACAGAGAGUACGCGUGUGCGCUCUCCGCGCUGCAGGACCGCGUGGCCAGGCUGGAGGUGCUGCUGCUGGAAACUCAGAAGAAGGCAGGUCUGCCCGUCAUGCUGCCGCACGAGCCGUCAGCCCGAAGAGAAACCCCGCCGCUGCCGAGACGGCCCGACCCGGACCCCUUACUCAUUAAUGACCCAUGGAGCUCAGACAGCGACCUAUCAGACCUAUCACCAAUAGAAGACGAGUACGCGAAAGUGGACAAAUCACGAGACCGCGAGCCUCCCGACCUCGGUGACGUCACAGCGUCGCCACCCAAUGGGAUCUACAGCACGGUCGCGCCACCGAAUGCCGCGUCGUCAUUGGCCAGUGCCAUCUACAGCACCAUUGCGCCGGUGAAUGCGGCACCGCCAUUGGUCAGCGCCGUCGCUUCGCCGAGUUCCGUGUCUGUUACCGCGUCCGUUGCUACUAUUGUACCGGCUGUUGCGACAGUACCACCUUCGAAGCCAGCGCCGACCAUCUCUCCCGAACCUGAGCUCCCAACCACCACAACCACAGACACCCGCGCCUCAACAACAGUGGUCACCGACUCCCGCAGCUCCACAAUAGACACGCGCGUGUCCAUGGAGCUGGACUCGGCGGUGCCGCGCGGCUCGCUGCUGGACACGCGCGUGCACCGCGCGCGCACGGACCUGGCCCGCGCGCGCCCGCACGCGCCGCAGUCGCCGCACUCGCUCAGCAACGCCAGCUCGUAUGACGGCCUAGACGACUCGUACAACGAAUCCGCUGACGAGUCACUCAGUGAAUCCACUUCGGGAGCGCCUCCGCACUCCGGCCAUACUACACAACGCGACACGCGACAAAGCUGCGGCAGUUCAGUUGGCAGCGCCACAGACGACGCGGUCUACUCCAGAGACCAUAGACACCACCCGCUCUCAGGCAUCGGGCCGCCGUCCUCGCUCGCGUCGCAGCUGAAGGCGGUGCUGGCGGAGCGCGAGCGGCGGCUGGCGGGCGCGCCGGACCCCGUGCAGCUCACGCACGACCUGGUGGACGAGAUCCGCGUCGCCGUGCACCGCGCCAACGCCACAGUGAAGAAAGCGCCAGCCUGCGUAGUGGGCGGCGAGGUGCCGUGGCAGCCGCUGUCCACGGCCGUGUCCGAGGCGAGCCUGUCCCCCGCGCCCCCCUCCCCGCACCCGCACGCGCAGCCGCCCGUCAACACCUGGACUAAGCAACAGGUGUGGCAGUGGGUAUCCGGCCUCGGCGAGGGUCUAGAGCGGUACGCGGGCGCCUUCGCUUCCCGCGGAGUCGACGGCGCUCUCCUACUGGCCCUCACGUCAGCAGACCUUAAGCUACUCGGCCUCGGCGGGGACGAACGACGCCGCAUGAAGCGACGGCUCAAGGAACUAAGGAACGUACACGAGAAACAUCUGAAGGCACUCAAGAAGGCGGAGAAGAAAGCCAAGAAGAAGUAGAGUGGAGGAGUAAAGCUGGUGACUUAGAACGCUCGGACGGACGAACGAAUUUACUCGGUUGUGUUUUAUGUUUUCUUCGCUGUUUCGUUUCUUUCCGAUUCAUUUGUCUUUGUCUUUGAUGUCAAGAAGACUUU